CACCAGAAUACACAGAAAAAAAUGUGUAUCGCUGUUUUGCAGCACAUGGAAGUGGGAAGUAGGUAUCCCACGGCCCAUUGAGGGGAACAGUUUCGGUCUACUGCAUAAUUUUUUUCACUACGUUCAGCCGUUCUUAAAGGGGCACAAAACAGGUCGACGAACAUUCUCUAAUUAUUAUGCCCAAUGAUAGAACGUAGCCCACGAUAUCCAAAUAUGAAAUUCUUUUGCUUCUAGCGAACGUCUUUAACACGAAACAAUGCCAUUCAAAGAGCAUAAUCCGCGCGAGCCUCCCCUUAUCCUUGGAACCGGGUCACGUCACUAUAUUCCAGCGUAUAGCAACACCGAAUUCAAGGCGCUGGAUGUGGGGGAGAUUUGGCUCUCCUAGCCAAUGACGGACCCCACUGAGACAAGCUGCAGCUCGCGAGGGAACCGGUUGCGGGAACGCCGUGGUGACCUCGUGGAGCAAUUCAGCACAGAAAACAUAGUGCACAUGUGAAAUAGAAUAUUGCGGGGUUUUGGUACAGUUUGAACUGGCUACCUUGGAUUGGACAAGUGGGAAUAUAUUUAGAGUUGACCUCACAUCUCUAUAUUACAACAAAAUUAAUGUAUAAGCGUCACGCAUUUUAAAUGGCUGAUGAUGCGCGACGUCAAAAUGACGUGUCGCUAUUGUCGCCAGGACAUCGCAGGGCGGGGCAUAAGGUCGAAAGAGUGCAGUGAAUAUUCAGUCGGUUUGGAGCCAUCAUUUACUUUUUUGCAACAACAUUUUUUUGAAUACUUUCAUCAUCGGCACCGUAUCACAAUGUAUUUAAACAAAGUGCGCCUCGUAUACCUGUUUAUUGCCCCUUUAAGCUAGGGCGCGUGAGAUACAAAGAUCUCAGCUUUAUUUUAGGUGAAACUGCUUGAAACAGAGAGUGAUGCAAAGCGGGACAUUGCACUGGAGGCAUAUGUAGUGUGUUCUUUUUUCUUCAGCCCUUGUGCUGCACUUGCGACACCUUCUGUAUGUCCGCCCUUGUUCUGGCAGGUCUGUACCAACAUUAGUCAGUCUCACGCUCUCCAGAACCUGCUUCUUGUUAGCCAGGUAGCUUGCUGGUCGGCCUGUUCGCGUUCUUGAACUGUACCCACCGAUGAGGAGUCGUGCGAGGUUUCUUCUGAAGAGGGCAGUCUGGACUCAGUCGAUCAGAAGAGAUCACUGGAAGCCGAACAACAACAGCGAAAUAUGCUCCACUCAUUUCAUUCGAGGGAAGCCAUCUGAUGACUCGACACACCCAGGCUAUGUUUCAUCCCUCUUCUUCAAGAAACAACAGGACCCUGAGCAGAAGCUGUCCUGGUACAGUAGUCUUCAGCAGCGGCAUAAGAGGGCGAGAACUGAAAUUGCUGCAGAACGUGAUGUCCUUGCUGAAACCAUGGAUGAGUUCAACGAAGACACGGUGUCAGCACAGAACUGUGCUUUAGCAACCAACCAAACCGAACACACAGGCACAGACCCCAUGAUGUCAUCAGAAGAGAUAGACAGAAUUCUCAAGGAGAACUGCAGUCUCAAAGAACAGGUGGCAUCCCUGUCCAGUGAACUACAGACAACAAAAGACCUCAUGGAAGGUUACCAAGCCAACAGUAAGGUCUUGAAAGAAGCACUUGACGAGCACACAACUACGAAACAAGUACUGAAAAAUGUUCAGGGUAUGAAGUUUCACACUGGCAUUGUUUCAAAAGAUAUGUUGUGGGACCCUUUUCCCACGUCUCGGAACCAUGCUCGCUCGCCUGGCCAGCCCGGCGAAAAGGAAUAGAGCGGAUUACCGCGACAAGAAAUGUAUGUUUAUUUUACCUUGAUACCAACCGCCUUCCGCUCCAGUUCUCCGAACGCUCACACACCCCAUGCGGCCCAAUGAAGGAACGUCCCACAUGAGUCAAUGCAUCAAUGAGGAAAAGGUUUAUUGCAUACCUUAGUUCAGAAUGCCUCAGGCGACUGCCAGACAACGCAGCUCUCCCUGACGAGCUCGAUGCUCCGCUUUUUAUCCCAUUUUUCCCUCGCCCCCUGCAAUGCUAUCAGCAUAUCACAGCAAGCAACGCCCCCUCAGGGCGCGCAACACAAGUUGUGGUUCCCACAAUGUUCAAUGUCAUAUUGAACUUUAUCUUGUCAUUUUGGUGCCCCAACAUUGAAACACACCUUGAACCGCAAGAACAGUUCCUCAUUGUUCUGAUGUGUUUGCAUCUUGGUCUGCUGACAGAUGACUUGGCAUGUUGUUUUGGUGUGUCUCUGUCAUGUGCCAGUCCAAUUUUUCACUCCUGGCUCAACGUACUUGCGCAAAACCUGGGGAGGCUGAAUGUAUGGCCAUCGAGACGAGCUGUCAGGCGCCACCUGAGAAAUGCGUACAGGGAUCCAAUGUUUGACAAUGUUGGACGUGUGGUUGACUGCUCUGAAAUUUUUAUUCUGAAGCCUGCAUCCCUAAAAGCAAGGAGCCAAACCUACUCACAGUAUAAACACCACAAUGCUGUGAAAUUUCUGAUGGCAAUUUCACCAACAGGAGCAAUAACCUUUAUCUCUGAAGCCUGGGGAGGGAGAGCAUCGCACAAGCAACUGACAGCAGCAUCAAAGCUUCUUGAGAAAAUAGAAGGGUAUGUGGUGCUUGCAGACCGUGGCUUUCGGUGCCAUGAGAUGUUUGCAGCAAAGGGUGCAAGUGUUCUAAUGCUGUCGUUCACAAAAGGAAAAAAUCAGCUGUCUGGAGGAGAAGUAACAUUGUCGAGGCAGACGUCAAGCAUCCGAACACAUGUGGAAUGGUCGAUAAGGCGACUUAAAACAUUUCGUAUUUUUCAAAUGGUUCUGCCAAUUUCGUUCAUCAAAAGGCCACACACAGUGAUAUGAGCACCAUUGAUAAAGUGCUUAUUGUUUGUGCCGCACUCUGCAACCUGCAAAAUCCCCUCAUCUUCCAGGUGUAAACUCUGUGUAAACUCUCCUCACAUGAGUGCAACUGGAGGUCAAUUGUGGUUUACUUCAAGCCUCCCAUGAACAUUUGACGCAUGAAGUGAGAUGCAGCAGUCAGUGCAUGGGUAGACAUUUAAUAGGCAUGUGAAACUUCCUCUCAAUAAACAUAUUUAGCUCGUUUAAUCUCUGCAUUAGUCGAGAAUCAUUGAGAAAUGGUUACAAGAAUGAAACCAUUUUUAUGGAAUAACAACGAGUUCCACUGGUGACGAACCUAGCAGUGUGAGGCAACGCACUUUCAUAGGCAUUGUCCAGCGGUUGGUGAUGGAUCGCUCAAUCCGUACUUGACGUCUGCCUCAAUUCGAAAAAGCAAGGCUGCCACGUGGCUACAGCAUUCGCCAAGGCUAGAAAACAUCAACAACAGUAAUUAUUUUGUGUGUGGCCGAUACGCAUGAUUUAGCUACUUCUGCAGUAUAAGAAUGUAAACGAAUCCUAGAUUGCUAACUUACCCUGCCAUACAGGUGCAAUGGGCAUCGGUAACUCUUCCAUCUCUGUGGAUUAGGCUCCAUGGAUAAUACAUUUUCGAUACUGUUUGGCUGGCUUCAACUGUGGCAGAUACAAGCACAACACACUGCACACGUGACAUACUUUUCCACUUACGAAGAAGUUGUGCCCAUCUGUCGUCUUGUAGCACUUGAACUGUUCCUUUGCAUAGUAACAUAACCCCUCUACAAGAUACACGAAAAUAUUCCCCUCGUCAACAGUCGGCCACAAUGUUGCAUUUUCACUGAACGCAUAGCGGUGUACGUCCAUGCUGAGUGGGUCAGGGAAUUUUGCUUGCCUUCGAAGCACAAUUUCUCUCCGUACUGCUUCUGGGCCAAGGCGUCGAGCUUUUUUCAGUAGUCACUGAACAUCACACACGAUGUCACAAACUUUUUAUGCAAGCGAAUUCGAGUCCAGCUGACACGCCCAAACACGGAACACAGAAUCGACGAUCGAAAUCCCGGCAGGAAGAGAGUGGCCAGAAGUCAGGUGGGGGUUGGCCAGUCAGGACCGUCGGCCAUUUGUUUGCAAACAGAGAAGGGGUGAAUAUAUACUGGGUGUCUUUUCUUCUAUAUACAUAUUUUUCAUUCAAAAACUGUAAGGGCUAUAGACAUCCUGUUUUCACUUCUGUCAUCUCUGAGCCGGCUUACG